UACCAGGUGGGGCAGACGCCUUCCACCCGGCAGAGAUGGCGGCUCCCUUGGUGUUGGUGUUGAUUCUUGCUGCGACCGUCCGGGCUGUUCUGUUCCGGUCCAGCUUGGCCGGGCUCAUAGCCGAGAGGGUCGAGGUUGUUUCCCCCUUAAACGCGUGGAAAAGAGUUGUCGAGGGCCUGUCUCUGCUGGAUCUAGGAGUCUCGCCAUACUCGGGAGAUGUGUUCCAUGAAACCCCAUUGAUUAUUUAUCUCUUUCACUUCGUUGUUGAUUAUUCCGAGAUCGUAUUCUUGAUAGCAGAUGCAGUAACUGCUGUGGCAUUGUACUUGGUAGUCCAGGACUAUAACAAAACGGUGUUCAGAAAACAGAAGUAUGCUUUGGAAGCCGAUCGCUACCCCCACGAUGUCGUCGAGCUCAUCAGAACACCCAAGGAAAUGUUUUACAUUCCUCUCAAAGUAGCGCUGUUCUAUUUACUGAACCCCUUCACUGUUCUGUCAUGUGUGGCGAAGUCAACUUGUGGUCUUAACAAUGCCAUCAUUGCACUCUUCAUGCUAGCUACAGUAAAAGGCAGCGCCUUCCUCAGUGCGGUAUUCCUGUCCUUGGCUACGUACCAGUCGCUCUACCCUCUCACUCUCUUUGCACCAGCGUUGCUCUUCCUGCUGCAGCGGCUGUACAUCCCAGUGAACGUGCGCAGCCCCAGUUUCUGGCUCUUCACCCUCCAGUUCGGGGUGAUGUACCUGGGCAGCCUGCUGGUCAUUACCUGCCUCUCCUUCUUCCUGCUCGGCUCCUGGGACUACAUCCCUUCUGUGUACGGCUUCAUCCUGUCGGUUCCAGACCUGACCCCCAACAUCGGUCUCUUCUGGUACUUCUUUGCAGAGAUGUUUGAGCACUUCAGGCUCUUCUUCCUCUGUGUGUUCCAGAUCAACGUCUUCUUUUACACCAUCCCGCUGUCUGUCAAGUUAAAGGAGCAUCCCGUCUUCUUGAUGUUCAUGCAGAUUGCAGUCAUUUCCAUAUUCAAGUCCUACCCCACUGUGGGCGACAUCUCUCUCUACAUGGCCUUCCUCCCCAUGUGGAGCCACCUGUACAGAUUCCUGCGGAAUAUCUUUGUGGUGUCCUGUGUGCUGAUCGCCUGCUCGGUGCUGUUUCCAGUCCUCUGGCACCUCUGGAUCUACGCUGGCAGUGCCAACUCCAACUUCUACUACGCCAUCACCCUGGUCUUCAAUGUGGGGCAGAUCCUGCUGGUGUCAGAUUACUUCUACGCCUAUCUGCGCCGGGAACACCACCUGACACACGGACUGUACUUGAGGAAGAAGGAUGGCACCGAGGCCACUCUGAUUCUGAAAUAACCCUCUGCGCACACCGGGGAGACGCACAUUCUUCAGCUCCUUUUUUAUUUAUUUGUUUUUUUUUUUUUUAAUUGAGGUUUAAAGAUUUUGAUUUUUGUGCAUGGAAAUGAAAUAUCAAUGUCAAAACAAGCCAAUUGCUGAGUGAUGCUGAAGAGCUGAUCUGUUCAUUUCCAGGUGGACAGUAUUCAAAACAAAGCUGUGCUGUGGGACCUCUCUGGGGCUGAUGGGUUGGGACAGGGGGCAUUUUGUUUGUUUACUCCUUUUGUUUUCACUUCUGCUUUCUUGAGUUAAAACCUUGCGCUCCCCCAGACAGGAUAACACAGCUCUGUAUCAUAAGAACUGACUCAUACGAUCAUUCAAGCUUCAGCACUCCAUAAAGAGCUGCUGUAAUAUUAGCUUCAACCAGCAGGUGUUGCCAAAGAUGAAUGUGUAGGUGGAUGCAGUGGGUAAGGAAUACUGAAAGCUUUCACUGAGAAGCACAGAUCUAGAAUUCAAGGAGGAUUUGUUCUAUUGGUUUAUUUUCCUGAGCUGUAAAAGAUCUGAAAAAGUAAAUUUGGUUAGGGUUAAUUAAAUACGUUUUAUUAUUAUUAUUACAGUACUAUUUUUUUCCUACGGCAUGGAGAAGAAUCCUAAGCUUGUACAGAAUGUAAAGUCUAAAAUGCUUCUGGUUUUAGAUAUUGAGGAUUUUUGCACCACGGUUCUAUAAUGUUCACAGCUUAGAACUGUUAGUUCUUAGUUCUGUUUUACACUGAACGCAUUUUGCUGCAAUCCCUCUUCUGUAAAUUAAAGUACAGACAUCUGGGCUGGAUUGCACAAUCGGUUGGCAUUGGACCAUUUUGUAGCUGGAUGCAAGACAAGAAGAUGUUCUCAUCCCUGGCUGAGCCAAACAGGCAGGAGCUCUGUACACCAUAAACAUAUUGGUUCAGUGCCCUAGAGAACAAGGACUCUGUGUACAUUACUGUCCAGGUUCUGAAUCAUUGCUGUUUAUGGUGUUCUGAAGCAUGUAGCGUGGCCCAAGGCAUUGCAGGUUCCACGAAUCCUCAAACAAACCUGUUCAUCGAGCCGGCUGAUUGGAUUAUUUAAACUCUCGCUGUUUGGAACCGGGAUCAGUUGUUGUUCAUAUGUAUGGACUCUCUUUGUCCCUCCAUUGUUCUCCAUUUCGGUACAAAGGUCUACUGGUUUUUAAAUCUUUAUAUAUUCAGGACUUUGAGAUAUGAAAAAAAUAAAUAAAUAAAACUAAAUACAAAAUAAAAUUGAAUGUAGUGUUCUAUUGAUUUCUUCCCAUUUUGAAAAUAAGUAUUUUAGCCCUACUGCAUGACAAUGAAAAUUACAAUCUUACUCCUCAUAGUCCUUUUGUUUUAUGAGUUCUGUUAUUCCUCCUUAGCUAUAGCGGCUUGCAUAUGUGCCAUUCAGUGCCUGUGAGAAGUGUGUUCAUCAGAAAUUGGCCAGUAUUUUAACAUAUUUCGCCCCUGUAUAGCACCUUAAUAUGCAAAGCAGAAGAUCUAGUAGGACGUGUUCCCUAAUUCUAAUCGGUAUACGCGUCACACGUAGCCCCCUUGUCCUGACUUUGCUGCAGUCUAUCCCUCAAUCAGUGCUUUGAGUUUAACGGCUGGCUGAAUUACCUGGCCAAUCAGCAGGUUCCUCCUCAAGGGUGCUCCCCUGUGCAAGUACCAGUACUGUUUUGUCACUUGCAAUCUUCAGAUUGGCCUGGUCUGUUCGAAAUGAAACGGUAAUUUGCAAGGAUUGAGUCUGCUGUGUUAUUUUGCACUAAUAGAUUACAAUGUAAUGCUUUCUCAGCUGCUUUUGCAGUUCUCCUAGUUAUACUGAAGUAUUAUUGGCAGAGGCUUCAGCUCCGCUUUGUUCUGAGAUGGGUGAAUACAGGGCACACUUUUUAAUGUUUGAAUUGGUAAACCUUUUUUUACAACCAUUAGAGGUUAAGAUUAGGAAUUUAGCAGUUAGUUUGGCAAGGCUUUACAGAUGGACAUAUGGGUUAAAGAAAGCACCACACAUUGAAUUGGCCUAAGAAAAGGGAAAUAUUCAUAUCCCCUCCUUGCUGGAUUCACUGAACAAAAGCUGUUAAACAAAUAUAUCUAUCAGUUCAUAGGGGGAAAUGCAAAAAAGACCCAAAAGCCAAUGUGUAAGAUUUAACUUUGUGUAAUAUUAUAUAUAGUUAUAACACCCCACCUCCUGCCCCCAUACACCUUUUUUUUGGUUAAAAAAUGAAAGGAAAUACAAAUCCAAAAAAUACAUGAAGAUAACAUUAAAAUUAAAAUUAAAAUCAUUUCAGAUGGCCCUCUUUCACAGGGUCAAAACCACAUGCAAUGUAUCUCAAACAUAACCUUUCAUUCAGAACUCAAACAACACCAGUAACGAACACAAAGAGAAAGCAGGCUUACACAAGAAUGCUUAUUAUACAGAAAACAGGUACGUCAUAUACACUUUAAAACAGUACUUGGUUCCUAAAGGUCUAGUUAUUUUUUUUUAAGUGCAAAAAAGCUUGUUUAUUCUUACACAGAAUGGAUUACCAUAAUAAUGAGAUGCACGCUAUCCACAGCUUCUAAAUGGACUCCUCACAUACGCACUGUGUAGCACCGAGGGCUGGCUGCACUUGAGCGAAAGGUGUCGUGGUGAAUCUGUUUUGGAGCAGAUGCUUUACCUUGGUUAAACAUGAGUGAAAAGGAGAAAAAUGCAAGCAACUUCUCACU